UUGAAGAUGUGGCUCUUUAUUAUUGUAGCAUGUUUAUCUCAAGGAAUAUUAAGUUCAGAAAAAUUAAAAACCUUGGAAGAACCUCUGGAGAAAUAUAUACUGGAUCCUGAGUGCUUUUUAAAUGUUAGUGAAAUUAUUAAUUAUCAUGGUUAUCCAAGUGAGGAACAUCAUGUUGAAACAGAAGAUAAAUAUAUCCUUACAGUUUACAGAAUACCUCAUGGAAAAUACAACGGUGGAGACAAAGGUCCCAAGCCUAUUGUGUUUUUACAACAUGCUUUUCUUGGAGAUGCUACGCACUGGAUUUCAGAUUUGCCCAACAAAAGCUUUGGUUUCAUACUAGCAGAUGCUGGCUAUGAUGUUUGGUUGGGAAACAGCAGAGGGAACACCUGGUCUUCACAGCACAAGACUCUUAAACCAACUGAACAGAACUUCUGGGAGUUUAGUUUUCAUGAGAUGGGAUAUUACGACAUUCCAGCAGUAAUAUACUUCAUACUGAAUACAACAGGGCAAGAACAGCUUUAUUGCGUAGGCCAUUCUGAAGGUUCUACAAUCGGUUUCAUAGCAUUCUCUACUUGGCCAAAACUGGCUGAAACAAUCAAAGUAUUCUUUGCCUUGGGACCUGCAACCACAAUUACAUAUGCUACAGUACCUGCUAUAAACCUGGCAUAUCUUCCUAAAAAAAUGCUUCAAGUGAUAUCGGGCACAAAAGGAAUUCUUCACAUUCCAGCAUAUCUGAAAAAAAUAUUUGCUAAAUUCUGUAAUUUUCUGCCUGAAUUUUGUGCCAGAGUCUUUUCUUUUAUAAUUGGACAUAAUAUCUCCAACUUGAACAUGAGUCGACUAGAUGUAUAUGUAGCACAUUCUCCUGCUGGAACAUCUUCACAAAAUUAUCUUCACUGGCGCCAGGUGUUCCUUGAAAAGCAGUUUAAGGCAUAUGACUACGGCUUCCAAGGAAAGAAUAUGCAGAAGUAUAAUCAGACAACUCCUCCUGUCUACAAGAUAGAAGAUAUAAAAAUACCGAUUGCACUCUGGACUGGUGGACAGGAUUUGUUUACUAAUUCAGAAGAUGUAGCUUUGUUAUCCUCUCAAAUUAGUAAUCUUGUGUAUGAAAAUCAUAUUCCCGAAUGGAAUCAUCUCGACUUCAUCUGGGGACUUGAUGCAACCGAGCGCAUGUACAUGAAGAUCAUUGAGACAAUGAAGAGAUACUCAUAA